GAAAUCGCCAGUGUGAAGAUAUUUGACUCAGUCAAAUAUCCCUCCUUGGCCAAAUGGAUGCAGAAUCUUGCUGAGUUACCAAUUAUCAAAGAAAACGCACGCCAACAUGACAUGUUGAUCCAAUAUUUUCGAGUUCUCCGCCAAUUUUUGUUAGCUUCAGCAGCUAAAAAUGAGAUCAUUUGUCCUUGA